AUGGCCCCGGACGAGUCCAGGAAGACAAAGGCGCACGUUGUGGGGCCGGGCGCGGCAGCUCGAGCAUGCUUCAUGCCGCCGGCCCAGGACGAGUCGGCCGAGCGGCCCGCCAAGGAGAAGGCGCGCUGUCUGAGUGCGCUGCUUCUGGACUGCACUCGUGAUGCCUCAGGCCAGCUCCGACCGGCCCCGCGCUCAGUUGACAACGUUAUCGCAGCCGCUGGGACCGUUAUCGCAGCUGUCCAGCUGCAGCAAGCCAAGCGUGACUCGGAGCGGGCCUUCCGCGAGUCACCCGAAGGGCGGCUGCAGGAGGCGGUGCGUCGUAUGAUGCGGCCGCACGAGCCUGCAAAAGGCAAGGAGCAGGUGGUGGCCCGCAAGGCAGCAGUAGUCAUCCAGGAUACCCGCGACAGGAUCAGCUCCUGGCAGGAGCAUGCCACCGUGGUGACCGGUCGCUAUGGCAGCGGCAAGUCCGUUGCAGUGCACGAGGAACUGCACCUGGACGGGCCCGGCAUGCUCAAAGAGCUCUUCAAUCGCGUCGCCGCGGAGCUGCAGAAGGAUUUCCAGGCCCCGUCCAAGGUGCCCGUCCUGGUUCUGGACAUUCUGCGGGAGACGACCCAAGGAAUGCCGCUGGUGUCGAACUUCGCCAAGGAGCUGUCCACGGACAAGAUGGGCAGCGCAGUGCACGUCAUCGUCUGUGCGUCCUCCGCAGGCACAGCAAUGACCUUCGAUGCUGGAGGUGCUCAGCGACAGGCCUGCAACAUCUGGGUCGAGGAUCUGGCCGAGCAGGAGGCUCAGCAGUUGCUGGAGCUGAAGGGGCACGCGGAGGACUGGAAGCAGUUCACGGCCGCAUGCGGGUUCAAUGCAUUGGACCUGGUGAAAGCCUGCGGCGACUACACAGGGCCCGACUUCCUGGAGGAGGCGAGGCGGAAGAAGGAGGCCACGGCCCACAUGGAAGUGCUGUGCUUUCGGGAGCAGUGUAAGUUCCAGACUGUGGACAGCAUCGCCCCCGCCGGCGCCAACAUUCUCAAAGCCCUGUUGGUCAACCGCAAAGGCGGCGACGGCCAGGGCGUGGCUGCGCUGAGUGCCGGAACGGCCGUGGGGCCGAAGAAGGUCGCACAGUGGAUGAGGCAGGAGGGCUGCCACCCAGUCAUUUGGCAUACGAGAGAGGAGAAGUACAAGUUUGCGUCGGAGCGCCACGCACAAGCCGCGGCCGCAAUUUUGAACCGACGCUGGUGGCCCCUUUGA